CCAAACCUCCCUUCUCUCUCUCUCCUCCUUAUCUCCAGUUCUCCACCCACCCACCCUCAGUGCCACUAAAAUAAAGGCCACCGGUGUCAGCGCGUGGGGCCCACCUACCGGCCCCCACCACCCUGUCAGACACGAUCAGAGACACCCCAACCCAACCCAACCCAACCCAAGCCCCGCGGCGACACCCGAGAGAGCUCAGCUCAGCUCAGCUCGGCGACGACGACGAGCGCGCGCGCGUCUGCCGCUGCUGCGGCUGCCGAGCAAGAGGACAUGCAUGUGAAGUCCCCCCGCUACUACUCAAUAAUUCCUCCGCUUCCUUCCUCUCGGCUCUCACCCCACCCAGGCCGCAGCGACCACCACCACCGCGCCGCGGGGCCCACCCACCCCUCGCGUCCUCCAGCCGCCAGCCAAGCCAGCUCCUGCGCCUUUGUUCCCAUGCGCCCGCAAGAAACCCCACCCCCACCACCACCCAAGAAUCUCUCUCACACACUUCACUCGGUCUUCCUCUUCUUCUUCUUUCCAUCUCUCUCUCUCUCUCUCUGGUCUCAGUGAGGUGAGGUGAGGUGAAGGUCAGUGAUGGCGUGGGGGGCUUGCGCUCUGCUCCUCCUCCUCCUGGUACUUGGUGCGGGAGGAGGAGGAGGGGUGCAUUGCCUGGAGGUGACGAGGAGCAGGAGAGCCUUGCAGAGGAGGCACCACCUGAGGUCAAGAGCAGAGAGUGGCGCCACCAUACUGGAGCUCAGGCACCAUGGCGGCGGCGGCGGCGGCGGCUCGGGGAAGAGCGGCGGGAGGAGCAGGGAGGAGGAGCUCGGCGGCCUCUUCUCCUCCGACGCCGCGCGCGUCUCGUCGCUGCAGCGUCGCGCAGGCGGCGGGUCUUGGGCGGAGGACGAGGCGGCGGCGGCGGCGGCGACCGGGCGGGUGCCCGUCACGUCCGGGGCGAGGCUACGGACGCUGAACUACGUGGCCACCGUGGGGCUUGGCGGCGGCGAGGCGACGGUGAUCGUGGACACGGCGAGCGAGCUCACCUGGGUGCAGUGCGCGCCGUGCGCGUCGUGCCACGACCAGCAGGGCCCGCUGUUCGACCCGGCGUCGUCGCCGUCCUACGCCGUGCUGCCGUGCAACUCCUCCUCCUGCGACGCGCUGCAGGUGGCCACCGGCUCGGCGGCCGGGGCGUGCGGCGGCGGCGAGCAGCCUUCCUGCAGCUACACCCUCAGCUACCGUGACGGCUCCUACUCCCAGGGCGUCCUGGCGCACGACAAGCUGAGCCUCGCCGGCGAGGUCAUCGACGGCUUCGUGUUCGGCUGCGGCACCAGCAACCAGGGGCCAUUCGGCGGCACCUCCGGUCUGAUGGGUCUAGGCCGGAGCCAGCUCUCGCUGAUAUCACAAACCAUGGAUCAAUUCGGUGGUGUCUUCUCAUACUGCCUACCUCUCAAGGAGUCAGAAUCAUCAGGGUCUCUCGUCCUCGGCGACGACACCUCGGUGUACCGGAAUUCAACCCCAAUUGUGUACACAACCAUGGUUUCCGACCCGGUGCAAGGGCCCUUCUACUUUGUUAACCUGACCGGGAUCACCAUUGGCGGCCAGGAGGUAGAAUCUUCAGCUGGCAAGGUUAUCGUCGACUCGGGAACGAUCAUCACGAGCCUCGUGCCUUCGGUGUACAAUGCGGUCAAGGCAGAGUUCUUGAGCCAGUUCGCGGAGUAUCCGCAAGCGCCGGGGUUCUCGAUUCUUGACACUUGCUUCAACUUGACAGGGUUCAGAGAAGUGCAGAUUCCUAGCCUGAAGUUUGUGUUUGAAGGCAAUGUGGAGGUGGAGGUUGAUUCCAGUGGAGUGCUCUACUUUGUCAGCAGUGAUUCUUCUCAGGUUUGCUUGGCUCUGGCCUCCCUGAAAUCUGAGUAUGAAACUUCAAUCAUUGGUAAUUACCAGCAGAAGAAUCUGAGGGUCAUAUUUGACACUCUAGGAUCUCAAAUUGGAUUUGCACAAGAGACUUGUGAUUAUAUUUAACAUGAUUUGAUUUGGAGGGGGAAGGGGGCCAUGAGCUAUGUGAAUAUCCCUAUACCUGGAGAUCUGUUUUGAGAUUACUUCUGGUAAUUGGCAAAUGGUAGUACAGUAUUAGUUAUUGUCAAAUGUACAAGCAUCUAUAAUUGCUUCAUUCUGUUUUUUUUUUUUACUGCCGUUUCUUUGUGCUUCAGUUCAUCCUAGAUUAAUAUCGUUUCAAGAAACAAGUGGAUUUUUUUUGUUUGUCUUCUUGUUUCAUUAGAUCCUACAACUUCCUUGUAAUUUCAGAUCCUACUGUAGAUCAUCCAGUGCAUAUUGACAACAAGAAGCACAAUACCAACUUGUAAAUUUAGAGGGGAAGGCAGUAGUGGUUAUGUUUUUUUUUUAAUGAAAGAAAUUAGGCAUAA